AUGCAGACAGACAGACACCGCCGUUAUCCGCCCAUCCAUCUCACCUCCAAUUCACUCUCUCUUUCCCUUCCCUUCUCUCCAAAAUCACCCGCAAUCCCAACCAUGGCCUCCAAGAAAUUGGCCUCCACGGGCUGGAGAGCAUGCUCAUCAGCAUUGCGGCAAACACCGUCGUCCGCUCGACCUCUCCCCCGCCUCAAUCGAUGCUUCUCGGUCCAAGCGUCGCGACCCCGCAAGCUUGCUUCCUCCACAAACAACUCCACCAAAUGUCCCUCGUCGCCUUGCAGCAACGUCCGAUUUGCUUCCACCGAGGCGGCCGAGGAUCAAUUGGGCAGGACGGGUCUCUAUGAGCUCCAUUCCAAACAUGGCGCCAAGUUUGUGCCCUUUGGAGGCUAUUCCAUGCCCGUGCAGUACAGCGACCUGGGCAUAGUCGAGUCCCACCACUGGACCAGAGAAAAGGCGAGCUUGUUCGAUGUCGGUCACAUGGUGCAGCACCACUUCUCCGGCCCCGGCGCCCAGGCCUUCCUCGAGCGCAUCACUCCAUCCUCCCUGUCCGCCCUCAAAGAGUACACCUCCACUCUCUCCACCCUCCUCCACCGCGAAACCGGUGGCAUUGUUGACGACACCGUCAUUGCCCGUGUCCCAGGCAAAUUCUACGUCGUCACCAACGCCGGCUGCCGCGAAAAGGACACCGCAUAUCUGACCGAAGAGCUCGAGCACUGGAAGAACGACUUCCCCGACAGCCCCGUCGAAUGGAACAUCCUCGAUGGGCAGGGUCUCGUCGCUCUGCAGGGGCCUCUGUCCGCCGAGAUCCUCGCUCGCAUUCUGGAAGAUAAAUCAGUGGACAAUCUCAAGUCGCUGUAUUUUGGUCAGUCCAUGCCAGCAACAAUCAAAGGCACCGACGCCGAAAUCCUCGUCAGUCGCGCUGGCUAUACGGGAGAGGACGGUUUCGAGAUCAGCAUUCCGUCCUAUGCUACCGAAGCCGUGACUCAAUUUCUUCUCGAUUCGGCCAAGGAAGACCUCCGACUUGCAGGACUGGGUGCCCGCGAUACCCUGCGUCUAGAAGCGGGCAUGUGUCUGUAUGGUCACGACUUGGAUGACACCACAACCCCUGUCGAAGGUGCGCUUUCGUGGAUUAUUGGUAAAGACCGCCGCGCCAAUGGGGGCUUCCACGGCGACUCUGUUAUCUUGCAGCAACUGAAGAAGAAGUCCGAGGGCGGUGGCGUAAGCAGGAGGCGCAUAGGACUCAUUGUCGAGGGCUCACCCGCAAGAGAGGGAGCCGAGAUUGUGGAUGAAAGCGGAGAGAAGAUCGGUGUCAUUACUUCUGGCUGCCCAAGCCCCACGUUGAAGAAGAACAUUUCGAUGGGGUACAUCAAGGACGGCUUGCACAAGAGCGGGACCGAGGUCUAUGUAGUGGUUAGAGGGAAGAAGAGAAAGGCGGUGGUUUCCAAGAUGCCGUUUGUGCCCAGCAAAUACGUCAAGGAGCCCACAACCAAAUAG